CUGAAGUUUUGUACAAGAUAUACGCACCAUGAAAUCCAUCAUGGAGUGGACAACAGGGUCCAGCCAGCCUCCAUGCAUGGCCCAAUUCAGUUUUGAUGAAAACUCUAUUUUCACCGUCGACCAUGGUGGACAGGUAAACAACAGAGAGCUGAACUGAAAUCCAGUUUUCAAUACAAUUAAUCAUGCUUGCUUGAUAAAGAUGGCGCAAUGGUCCAUGCACAAACCCGGUGUGAAUCUCAACAGUAUUCGUCUCGAAGGCUUCCCACCGCCACCUCCAUUUUCGCCACCCAAACCAUUCAGUUCACCUAAACCACCUUCUCCUUCCGAGCCACCUCGCCCAACCUCUAACCCAUCUACUUCCUCCCUUUCCAAAUUAUCCAUCUCAUCAGGACGAUCCGGUCGAUUCUCCAGCAUUGCUAUCAAUGACAAUGUCACCCAGUCUCUUUUGUCCAUGGCAGCAAGAGCUCAGUUAGUGGCUUUCAGCGCCGACACUGAGUACAUUUUUUGCGCAGCUACAGUACCCGAUUCACCGGCCUCCGUCUCUUCCUCGUCUUCUGUGGUUACCGAUCCCACAGUAUCCGAAAGCGUCAACAACAACAACCGUGCAACCCAUGGAACUAUAUACCAUAUCCCGAAUGAAAAACCCGCCCUGAAACUAGUUCAACAGCCAUUCUAUCAAAGAAUCACCGCCGUGGAUUGGACCACUUCAUCCAAUGCCUGCCUGGUGGGCAGUAUUGACGGAAGUGUCAAGGUCACCAGCCUUAUCAAAAUAUGAUAGAUUCCGUCAUUUUGAAAAUAAUUUGAUUGCACUUUUUUUUUUGCAGCUUCUUGAUCCUUCGAAUACCAUUUUUUCAUUUGGAUGCUUUUUUCAACUUGGUUUGUUAAAAAAAGCCCAAGACAAUAACUGUGCAAUGUUGAUUAGUGGCUAGUUAAUGGAUAUCCUGUUUUUUACUCGCGACAUUUAUGCUCAUCUUGCAAAGGGGAACGGUCCUUCGUUACUGCGCGAAC